GACACGGACCGGAGUAGCGACCUCACUCACUCAUUCGAAGCCGGACGCAUAAUUCCAGAGUCGCGUUCUCAGAUAAAUCACGACCUUUGCCCUUGUUACGAUCGCGCGCGCCAGGCUCGAACGAACUUUUCCGACCAACCUCUCCAAGGCCGCAAGCCCACGCCCAAAGCCCCGGACCCCUCGACUACGCAACUUCAACCUACCCGUUCGAGCGAAAAUGACCAGCACCAUCGGCAUCCCGAUCAAGCUCCUCAAUGAGGCUGCUGGACACAUAAUCACACUUGAAAUUACAUCUGGCGAGGUCUACCGCGGCAAGCUCCUCGAAGCGGAGGACAACAUGAAUGUGCAGCUCAAAGACAUCACGGUCACAGCUCGCGAUGGACGUGUGUCGCAUUUAGAGCAGGUCUACAUCCGGGGCAGCCACGUACGGUACUUCAUUGUACCGGACAUGUUGAGGAACGCGCCUAUGUUUAGGUCGAGAGGUACACGUGGUCGCGGCGUUGGUCUUGCGCGUGGUCGUGCAACUGUGAACAGGGCGCGCGCAAGCACCAGGGGUGGAGGCCGUGGUUGAGCUUGUGUGGACUAAAUCAAAGCAACUACUGAAUGCACCUGAGGUCUCAGAAACUGCGGCUUGCCAAGAGCUAUGCCAUGAGGGUGCUUAGGUACGCUGUCCGCUUUGCUCACUUGGAAAACGCGCUGAAGAACGAUAGCACGGCGUCCAAAAUUGAUGAUGCCUGAAUCCAUGAACC